UGUGCUCGGGACCCGGGAAAAUAUUGGAUUUGGUUUAAUAACACAGCAGUGUUGGGAUACGCUGUUUUGUGUUGUAUUGAGCAGCAUGAUAGGGCUUGCCUCGUCGCACAAAUCCAACCUGUACGUGUUAUCUCGCGGCGACGUGCAAAUAACGUGAAAGAUGUCAGGACUCCAGAGUCCAGGGUGAUCGAUGAGCAGCUGUCCGCAGGUUUCAAUGUGGACAGUCGAGAGACAGAAGAAGGAAAGCGUGUUUUUUUUUUAACUGGCUGUUUGCACAUGCAGUCCUCGGGAAAGUUAAAGGGGCCCGCGGUCUCAUUGGAGGGCGCAUAGUAAGAGGGCAGCUGGAAGCAAAGGCAGCUGAUGGUCCUCUCUGAUCAGCACGAGGAUUUCUGCACUGAGGAGGAAUUCAUGUGAAGUGGGAGGCGCCCGAGCGAGGCGAGCGGCACGACUGCUGGCCGAAUUCGAGAAUUACCCUUGAUGAACACAGAUUGGUUUCACUUAACAGGCGCAGGUGCGUGGAGUUUGCGAUACGGCGCAGCUGAGCGAUUCCACGUUUCUGACUGUACGCUGACGCAUUUUAUGCCAAACAGAAACUAUACGGAGAGAGGUUAUUGCAGCAGUUGAUUUUUUUUUUCACGGGACAGGAUAGGCUACAUGUUGCAAUGGGAGCCGGUCCGAUACCCAUCCUCUUGCAGAAUCCGAAUUCAGAAGCAGUGCUAUCUUGAUUUGGAGAUCUAGCCUAUAGGCUAUAUCGGAAUUUGACCGCCGUGUCAUUGCCCAGUCCAAUAUCCGGCAGCUGAAAGGCAUCUUCUUAACGGCAAAGAGGAGAGGUGUGUGUGGGGGGGGGGGGGAACUGUCCGCUUCACUACUCUCCAUCUGCGCCCUGGACGGCUUGAAAUGAGGACCACAUCCCGGCUGUGUUCCGUGUGAAGAGGAAAGUGGGGCGGCUGUUUCUUUGGCUCUUAAGGACGCAAAAAUAGUGGCCGCCGGCCGAGCUGCGAAGCAUGGAGCGGGACGACACCGACACCGUGAGCGCGUCCAAAAAGACAAUAAUUGCCAAGAUAUUUAAAGUUCGGAAGAGGAGGGAGAUGCUUUUCGUUCAGGUGUGCUUUAUCUGCAGUGCCCUCUUCGUGGCGUGGAGCAUGUCGGCGCUGUUGACCAAGACAGGCCAUGGGAUGUUAGUAGAGGGACAUCCGGACCCUGAACACUGGGGAAGACGGCUAAUGGCUUCAGUACCAGACAACGAAACGGAGCAGAACUGUUCAGCGCCAGCAAUACACGAGUUCCCCACUGACCUUUUCACCACUGAUGAACGCAAGAGCGGGGCCAUUGUGCUCCACAUCGUGGCGGCACUCUACAUGUUCCUGGCCCUAGCCAUAACAUGUGACGAAUACUUUGUGACAUCGCUGGAGAAGAUCUGUGAGAAACUAGAUCUGAGUGAAGAUGUUGCAGGAGCCACCUUCAUGGCAGCUGGCAGCUCUGCACCAGAGCUUUUUGCAUCUGUCAUUGGUGUCUUCAUUACCCACGGUGAUGUGGGGGUGGGGACCAUCGUUGGCUCAGCGGUCUUCAACAUCCUUUGCAUCAUUGGUGUCUGCGGGAUCUUUGCUGGACAGGUGGUGAUUUUGACCUGGUGGGCAGUUUUCAGGGAUUCCUUCUACUACAUCCUGUCUGUUUUGGCUUUAAUUGCAUUCAUCUACGACGGCAAGAUAGUUUGGUGGGAGAGUUUGAUACUGGUGGUCAUGUAUGCUGGAUACAUCCUUGUCAUGAAAUUCAACACCAGCAUGCAGAGAUUUUUCAUGGGGUCGAAGUCGAAAAAGAACGUGGCCAAUGGUAACGCUGCGGCCAGCAGUGAGAUGGAGGACGGUAAUACUAGUUAUGACUAUGUUUGGGAUGAUGACCCGUCAUCACCUCUACUCUCAUCAGUCAAGCCCACCAAGGCUUACAGCCGUGGAUCAGUGGUGAUGGUAGACGAGAUCAUGAACGACAGCCCUUCGAAGUUCAGGUUUCCAGAAGCUGGCCUCCGUGUCAUGGUCACCAGCCAUUUUGGACCCAAGACCCGUCUGCGCAUGGCCAGUCGCCUCAUCAUUACAGAGCGCCAGAAGUUGGUCCAAGCUGCCAAUGGAGUGGAGACACAAGUGAUUGAUGGGAAGGUAGAAAUCGAGAAUGGAAACGUGCCAGAGGACAAACCCACCGAGGCGCCGGAAAACGAUACAAUCUCGCCGUUUCAUGUUCCAAAGGGAAUUGGAAGCAAGUUGAAAUGGCUGAUAUCGUGGCCUCUGCUCCUGUUGCUGUUCUUUACCGUCCCAAACUGUGCCAAGCCUCGCUGGGAGAAAUUCUUCAUGGCCUCCUUCAUCCUUUCCACUGUCUGGAUUGCAGUCUUCUCCUACUUCAUGGUCUGGAUGGUGACUGUAAUCGGGUUCACUCUGGGAAUCCCUGAUGUCAUCAUGGGCAUCACUUUCCUGGCAGCAGGCACCAGCGUCCCAGACUGCAUAGCCAGUCUCAUUGUGGCUCGGCAAGGUUUGGGAGACAUGGCGGUGUCCAACACUAUUGGCAGUAAUGUGUUUGAUAUUCUCGUGGGACUCGGGGUUCCCUGGGCGAUACAGACCAUGUGUGUGAGCUAUGGAUCAGAGGUGAUGAUUAACAGUCGGGGCCUGGUGUACUCUGUGGUGCUGCUGCUGGGCUCGGUGGCCCUUACGGUGCUGGGGAUCCACCUGAAUAAAUGGAGGCUGGACGUGAAGCUGGGCGUGUAUGUCCUGGUGUUGUACGCCAUCUUCCUCUGCUUUUCCGUCAUGAUUGAAUACAACGUAUUCACCUUCGUCAACCUACCCAUGUGCAUGGAGGAGUAAAGCACAGCAGCAUGGCUCGGAUACCAAAACCUCAACGCUCCAAUAGCAACCCCAAAAUCAUAUCUUUUUUUUUUUUUUUUUUCAAUAAUACUGGACCUAUCUGCAGACUCUUUUUUCUUCUCUUGCGCUCUUUCUUGUAAUCCUUUUAGUCCCAAAUAUGAGUUUCAUUUCCUCAAGAGGCAGUACACGCAGUAAGAGUGGACUCCAUUCUAUGUCUCUAAUUUGUCCUCUUGUCACACAGUGCCGGUCCUUAAUUCCCAUUAUUUCGGGCAUUGCCUGUUAUUGCAGUAAAGACUUUAGUUCCUCUGUGCACCUGUUAACUUUCUACCCAUCUAGCAUGCCUUUUAGAUGUCGGGGAAUCUCCAAAAUCAUAAGUGCCCCUGUUGAUAGUUGGUGUGUAUUUUCACUGUUUUCACAUUGUAGAUUUCCACACAUCAUUUCCAAAGCCUUUCCACAAACCAAACCAGUGUCUGUGAAGAAGAAGAAAAAAAUCCUUUGAUUCUAACCAAAACCCUCACAUAGAGAUAACUUCCCUUGAACUUAUUCCUAAAAGAAUUACAGUUACCCCAGCACCCAAAGAUAAAAAGUGCACUCAUUUUUCCCUUUGGACCCCAUGGAGGAGGGCCUUGUCCUUGGCAGCUCCCCUCCUCCAGCCUGGACCGACUCCCCUGGCAUGGCCUUUGGCAUCAGGGAGCAGAUACUGUUAGCGCUUCACUUCAGUCACCCUACGCAACAAUUUUCAACCCUCAUCUGCUUGAUCAAAUCUGCUUUGUUUUCUUAAAAAAAAGAAGACGUUUUUUCGGGACAUUUUGUGUCAAGAUGUAUCACAGUCCAGAUCAGAUGACUGUGAGGGUGUUAUGCAUAUGCAACACUGCACAAUGUAAACUUGUAAACACUUUAUUUUGUUUUUGUAUUUAUUUUUUCAAACCAAGGUUUUGUCUAGUUUGAAAUACGGAGGAGAGCUUGUUGCAAAUAUAGGACAUUGCCUGUUUUUCACUGAAACCAAUUGCACAUGGAAAUGCUUUUCUUGCUUUGUGCUGUAAGGAGAUUUGACCACUCAGAGAGGUAUCUGGCUGGUACUAGCGACUCCACUCCAGCAUUAUGUUCAUUCAGCGAUGGGUCAGUCCACUUUUCCCUCUGCACAACUUCAGAAAAAAACCUGGAUCCCGAUCUGUGGGAUGCAUUGGAUUUUUGACAUCAGGUGACUUGUUGUCAUCUUGAGACAGCAGCAGCAUGGAGGUCGUUUUAAAGAAAAUGCAACCAGACGGUUCUCAACACUGACUGUCUGCUAUAACACCCUCUGGCCAGUAGGGGGUACCGCAGCCCCUCUACCCAGGGCGGGGUUGCCAACCACAUCAGGGAAACUCGGAGAUGGACAACUCCAGGAGAUGGUGGUGGUCUCUUGAUUUUGAGUUACAUGUAGAUAUUGCACUUUAAUGGCCGUCCUCUCAUUCUAAAUCAACUAGUGCUUCCUUCUAUGCGUGUGUAUUUUCUCUCUCUCUCUCUGUGUGUGUGUGUGUGUGUGUGUGUGUGUGUGUGUGUGUGUGUGUGUGUGUGUGUGUGUGUGUGUGUGUGUGUGUGUUUCCCACACUGGGCUUUCAACUCUUGACAGACUGGAAACUCUUAACACCAUGAGCACAUCCGCCUCUGUCUGCAGUGCAUGCUGGGACAUUAAACGCAGCUCCUCCACAGCACAGCAAAAAGGCUGAGGGCUUCUGGGCGUCUCCAUGGACACCGCCCGACCCACUUUACACAAAUCGGCAGCUACGAGCACCACUGCAAUCCAGACAUUUUGACAUCAUGCAAAAAUGCCUGUGAGGAGUCCGUAAGUGAAGUGCAGAGACUAAAAAGCGUGUGCGGAGUGUUUAAAGUGUUGAAAAUAUUCCUCUGCCAGACGGUUGGCAGCAGGCACUUGUAUAUGCAAUCUCAAUUUGAAGAAUUCUGUGUGACAGAAGGCCCCUGCAAGGUUGCCAUAUAAAGACGGGGGAUCCCGUGGAGAUGUGACGUCGGUUUGUCUAGUACUUGAUGUGUGAGCUCACAGGUGUGUGUUUGUGACAGUCAAUAAACUGAGCCCAAAGGAUGGAUGUUUCUGGACCAGUGGCUUUGAGGCAAGUCUUACACACACUCUCCUCCCCUUUUUCCUCUUUCUGCACUCGAGUUCCCUCUUGCACAAGGGCAUUAACUCUCCACCAACCCGAGCAGGAGGGGCAGCAGGGACUGCAUGGACGGAUAGUUUUCCUCCGCUGUCCUGGGACGGUCACUUUUUAAAGAACCUGGAUGAGAGCAGACUUUAAGGAAUAAAAAAACAAAGUCGGACAUCUUUAAGCUGCUACUCUAUCAGUGUUCAAAUGGGUUUGUUUACUGGACAGAGGUGACCACACAGGGCCUACAGACUUCUCCACACACCCACUAACUGCUUGUACACCACCCUUUCUCCCCCUCAACCCUUUCAGCGAGUCUUCUGAACAUACAGGACCUACUUUUUUGAUGCUUUUUGUGGGGAAGGCACAUCUGUACUGUACUUGAGUUGAUUCAGAAUGAUCAGUGUUAGGGGGUGUUAGUGUUCAUAUUUUUGUUGUUGCUCUGUGUGGUCAUGUCCCGGUUGCCGGGUUUGAGUGGUAACACCCACAGCCGGGGAAAAAAAAACUGCUCCUCUUUUUUGUCCUCAUCUUGCCACACAGCGUACGUUCUCACCGGCUGUCUAACUCGCAUCUUUGUUACCAAGUCAAUUUUUUUAAAGAGGAAAAAAAUGAGUAGAAUUCCGAUGCCAUACUUGUAUCUCUGCAAAAAUCCAGAUUGUAUGGAAAUCCUGUGUACAAAAUAAGCUCACACACUUUAGAACACACACGUUAGAAAUGGCAAAUGAAUACAAGAGAGGACCGGUAUGUAUUUCUUGAUUGAAUGCGACCUGAUGCACUGUGAGCUCAAUGUGACGUGGGAGUUGUUUUGUCAAGAAUAAUAAUUGAUUAAAAAAUAUAUUUAAUGUAUAGUAAUUAUAAAACAUAACUGAGGACAUCUGUAUAACUUAUAUGAAUGUAUUGUCUUGCUAUAGGCCUACUGGACAUAUCCAAUCAAUGCAUUUUACUGUAAAGCAAUAAUGUGAAGAAAAAAAAAUUAAAUGGCAAAUAAUUCCUGUACAUUUGUCUCAUAAGUUCUUGGAUUGUUUGUGAAACAAAUUAAAUGAAGCCAUUUGUACAUGUA